GAAGCAAAAGCAGAAAAGCACAGAUAAGCGGAGAUCCAGCUAUGCAAACCAUGUUUAGAGACACUUAAAGGACAAGCUCCUUUCUUUCGGGUAAAUUUAGAGAAGCUAUUGUACGAGGUGCUUACACAUAGCUACUGAGACUUGACAGCGUAAAUGUAUGAGAUGUGAGAACUGUCACAAAGCCCGUGGGAAGCAACUAACAAUCGUUAAGCUGAGACAAAGAAUCCAGUUUAUGUCCAGUUGUUCUCGUUUGCAGCUUUCUGAAAGGCUCAGCACCUUGAACCACCAGGUAGGAAGACAUUUGGAAGCUGGUCAGACAAAGCUAUCAUGUUGAGGUUAAGUCAUUCACCUGCCUUUCCUGAAGGUUUUCACCUUUUAAGUAUUGUGGCACUCUUGCUAUUCCAUGUGGACAAAGCAUAUGCAGAAAGUCCAACAGAAGAAGAGCCAAACAACACUGCAGUAUGUACUGGUACAUAUUUUUGCAAACCAGGUGUGAUUUUACCUAUCUGGGAGCCCCAAGACCCUUCAUUUGGCGAUAAAAUUGCUAGAGCUACUGUCUAUUUUGUGGCCAUGGUCUACAUGUUCCUAGGUGUAUCCAUCAUAGCUGACCGCUUCAUGUCCUCUAUAGAAGUCAUUACAUCCCAAGAGCGAGAGAUAACUAUCAAGAAGCCCAAUGGUGAGACGAGCAAAACCACAGUGAGGAUUUGGAAUGAGACUGUGUCCAACCUAACAUUGAUGGCUUUGGGUUCUUCAGCCCCUGAGAUUCUACUUUCUGUUAUUGAAAUAUGUGGUCAUGGUUUCACUGCAGGGGAUCUCGGACCGAGCACCAUUGUAGGCAGUGCUGCCUUUAACAUGUUCAUCAUUAUAGCCAUAUGUGUCUAUGUGGUUCCAGAUGGAGAAAUACGGAAGAUUAAGCAUCUACGAGUGUUUUUUGUGACAGCAGCUUGGAGCAUCUUUGCCUACACUUGGCUUUACCUUAUUUUAUCUGUCAUAUCGCCCGGUGUUGUGGAGGUCUGGGAAAGCUUGCUCACUUUCUUCUUCUUUCCCAUUUGUGUGGUGUUUGCGUGGGUAGCUGACCGAAGGCUUUUAUUUUACAAGUAUGUCUACAAGAAGUACAGGGCUGGCAAACAGCGAGGCAUGAUCAUUGAACAUGAGGGUGACCGGCCAUCAUCCAAAGCUGACAUUGAAAUGGAUGGCAAAGUGGUUAACUCCCAUGUGGAGAACUUCUUAGAUGGUACCCUGGUUCUGGAGGCAGAUGAGAAGGAUCAAGAUGAUGAGGAAGCAAGGAGGGAAAUGGCUAGAAUCCUGAAGGAGCUGAAACAGAAGCACCCAGACAAAGAAAUAGAACAGCUGAUCGAAUUAGCUAACUACCAGGUUCUGAGCCAACAGCAAAAGAGCCGAGCCUUUUAUCGCAUUCAGGCUACUCGGCUAAUGACGGGUGCUGGCAACAUUUUGAAGAGACAUGCUGCGGAUCAGGCACGGAAAGCUGUCAGCAUGCAUGAGGUCAACUGUGAAGUGGUGGAAAAUGACCCUAUCAGUAAGAUCUACUUUGAGCAGAACACCUACCAGUGUCUCGAGAACUGUGGCACUGUAGCUUUGACCAUUGUUCGCCGAGGUGGUGACUUGACCCACAUCGUGCACGUUGACUUCAGAACAGAAGAUGGCACAGCCAACGCAGGGUCUGAUUAUGAGUUUACCGAAGGGACAGUGGUCUUCAAGCCUGGCGAGACACAGAAGGAAAUCCGCAUUGGCAUAAUUGACGACGAUAUCUUUGAGGAGGAUGAGAACUUCCUCGUUCACCUCAGCAAUGUGCAAGUGAGCACUGAAGCAUUGGAUGAAGGAAUUCUGAAGGCCAACCAUGUCGCAACGCUUGCCUGCCUGGGGUCACCCUGCACUGCCACUGUUACCAUCUUUGAUGAUGAUCAUGCGGGCAUCUUUACCUUUGAGGAGCCAGUCACUCACGUAAGCGAGAGCAUUGGAACCAUGGAAGUGAAAGUGCUGAGAACGUCCGGCGCUCGAGGAAAUGUUGUUUUGCCCUACAAAACCAUUGAAGGCUCAGCCAGAGGGGGAGGAGAGGACUUUGAGGAUACUUGUGGGGAGCUUGAGUUCCAGAAUGACGAGAUUGUCAAAACGAUAUCAGUCAAAAUAAUUGAUGAUGAGGAGUAUGAGAAAAACAAGACCUUCUACCUUGAGAUUGGGGAGCCCCGUCUGGUGGAGAUGAGUGAGAAGAAAGCCCUGUUGUUGAAUGAGCUUGGUGGCUUCACAAUAACAGGAGGGAAACUUCUGAAUGGCAAACCUGUCUUCAGGAAGGUCCAUGCUAGAGAACAUCCAAUUCCUUCUACUGUAAUCAGCAUUCAAGCAGAGAAUGAAGAGAAACAGCCACUGACGAGCAAAGAGGAGGAAGAGCGCCGCAUUGCAGAAAUGGGACGCCCGGUACUGGGAGAACAUACCAAACUAGAAGUCGUUAUUGAAGAAUCCUAUGAGUUCAAGAAUACUGUGGACAAGCUCAUUAAGAAGACAAACCUAGCCCUUGUGGUUGGAACUAACAGCUGGAGAGAACAGUUUAUUGAAGCUAUCACAGUCAGCGCUGGCGAGGAUGAUGACGAUGAUGAAUGUGGGGAAGAGAAGCUGCCCUCCUGCUUUGAUUAUGUGAUGCACUUUCUGACCGUCUUCUGGAAAGUCCUUUUCGCCUUCGUCCCCCCAACAGACUACUGGAAUGGCUGGGCCUGCUUCGUCGUCUCCAUCCUAAUGAUUGGUUUGCUGACGGCUUUCAUCGGGGACUUGGCAUCCCAUUUUGGCUGCACCAUUGGCCUGAAGGAUUCAGUGACUGCAGUCGUGUUUGUUGCGUUGGGAACUUCAGUGCCAGACACCUUUGCCAGCAAAGUGGCGGCUACACAGGAUCAAUAUGCCGACGCCUCGAUUGGGAACGUCACCGGGAGCAAUGCUGUGAAUGUUUUCCUAGGGAUUGGCGUGGCCUGGUCCAUCGCUGCCAUCUACCACGCAGCAAACGGGGAAGUGUUCCACGUCUCCCCUGGCACCUUGGCUUUCUCCGUCACCCUCUUCACCAUUUUUGCUUUUAUCAGUGUGGGUGUGCUGCUUUACCGGCGGAGACCAGAGAUUGGAGGUGAGCUAGGCGGGCCGCGGACUGCCAAGCUUCUGACAUCAUCCCUCUUUGUGCUCCUUUGGCUUUUGUACAUAUUAUUCUCAUCUCUGGAAGCCUACUGCCACAUAAAGGGCUUCUAAAGGAACAAUCAGAGAUAGUAAAUACAUCACUAGAGAUCUAUAUGUAUCUAUAUAGAAAGCUAUAUAGGUAUAGCUAGAGAUACAACAUUGUGUAUAAUGAACAGAGGAAAAAGAAAAGACAUUUGCCAUGUUCACUUACCUGCUGAUGGAAUGCAGCUUGAGCAUUCUUUAUACUAGGCAGGAGUAAGAAUUCAGCAAGAUUCUUAACCAGGGGUUGCAGCAUAUUAAAGGAGGCACAGAUGCAGGGCCAUCUUUGCAACUCUACCUACAAGAGUGAAUGAUAUUGACUUUAUUGUUGCUCCCACCCUGCCCCCUGGGGAGGAUUGAUCUGAAAUGUAAUUUGGGCUUUUCAGUAAUGCAGGGGCCAGAAUAGCUGUUAAGAAGCCGAAUGGUGGAGGGAAGGCGAGGAAUAGGGGACUUCAUGACUUUCUUACAAAAGUCUAUUUGCCUUCAUAUAUUGAGGACAUGCAGAUCUGUCCCCACUGAAUGAAAACAAGAGUCGGGACUGAAGAAGGAAGUCCAGGGGUUCAAGAGCUUUCUACCAAUAGGAUGGAAACCCCACUGCUGUUCUUGCUUGGAUGCCCCAUUUAUUAUUCAGUUGUUAGAGUAUUGACAUGUUGAGAGUCACAAGAACAGUGCAAGCCAUUUCCUUAAUUUUUGGCUGUAUUAUGAUCAGCAUGCCCUCUCCCCAUACCCUGCAAACAAAAUCAGCGAGCCAACCCCCGCCAGCCCCCGCCCCCGCUGUGCCUUGCAGGCACCUGUCCAAACCCUUUGUCUCAAGUCCCUGUUUUAGUUCUGACAGAAUCUUGUGGGCUUUACUUUCGUUGCCGUCCAUUUCCUGCCCAGUCCCUAGUGCAUUGUUCCUGUCUCAUAUUCCUGAUUGGGAAUGCUGUUGUGGUACUUGUAACACUUUGCAUGAAUGAAGUAUCCCAUAUCUGUAUAUAGCAUUGUAUAGCAAUAGUCCAUUCAGCAGUGUGGAUCAGAUGCUGAAGAAGAGAGUGAGUUUUCUUUUCACCCAGGUUUAGUUUUUGUUUUGUUUUGGUUUUUUUUCUUAAUGGGAUAACGGGAAGUGGCUAACCCUUUAGCACUCUACACAGGGGUUUUUAAGAAGCAAUAACAAAGAACUGUGCAGCUAUAAAUGCUAAAGGGAAGAAUCUGUGCAAAACGCAUCAUAAAGUCUUAGAAUGAAAUCCUGACUCCAUUAAUUCAAUGGCAAAAUUCCCAUUGACUUCAGUGGGGCAGGAAUUUACCCAUAUGGGGUGAUCCAGAGCUCACUGAAGUCAAUGCAAAUACUUCCAUUUACUUCAAUAGGUUCUGCAUCAGGUCCAUAAAGAUUAACAUACCAUUUUAAGGGUCAGAGCCUGCCACCCUUGCUCAUGGAGCAUAGAACUUUGUCCUGUGACUAGUCGCUUUGAAUACAAAGGGGUUAAGUACCAGUCAGCCUGGGCAUGAAUGGCAGCACCAGCCCCUGAAUAAGCAAACCACGCCUGGGUUUUGUAAGCAUCAGUUUUUACCCGUUUGGCUAUUUUACAUCUUCUGCAGCUGCAACAGAUGUCACAUAUCAUCGGUGUUUGUGAGUGGCGGCUAUAGAACCCCUGGGCUCCAUUUCUGUUCUCCUGCUCACCGUCUCUGAGGGUUAGCUACAUCCCUGUGUGUGGACAUUAAGCAGAGGCGAUCGGCAGGACUUUACAACUGCAUCUCAACUAGGGCUACUUGAGGACUGAAGAAGUCAAUGGUGGGGUUGGAGGAAUGUAACGUCUCCAAGAUCUCCAAUAGUCAAAGCAUUCUCAGCAGAUACAGGGUGAAUCUUGCAUUGUCCAGCAGCGAUUGCAUUUAACACUAUGAAUUAUUGUGGUGGUUAUUUAUUAUCUGUUGUGCACCACAACAAUAUGCUCGACUCUGUACAAUGCACAGGUGGCAAGACUGUCCCCACCCUGGAGACGUUGUCAUGUCGAAGACAGACAUUGUCAGAGGUCCUAGAGGAAGGAGCUACCCUAGCUGAUCUGGUUUUCCCUUCAUUUUCAUCCAUUGUAUGACCUUUUCAUUUUCCAUUUUUGUUCCCCACAGAAGCAAUGGCUCUGCAGGAGGGAUUGGAACCAGGAGAGGGUGGGGCCUGACACAUUGGGAUUGAGGGGUCAGUCUAUGCACACUUGACAUCAGGGAAGGAGCUGUAAGAAGAGAUUGGAGGGGGAGCCAUGGCUGGCAUCGCUCACAGAGGAAAGGGGUCAGCAGGGGCAUAAGGGGGGGCGGGAGGUAGGCGGGAUCCCAGAGCUAGGCCAGGACUGAGUUCAGCAGGGCCUUGAACCUAAGGACAGGAAGGUUUGAACUCAUGAUGAUGGGCAAGGAGCGCUGCAUGGAGGACAAGGCAGAGGAUCUGGUUAUGACACUGGUGGGAGCAAUAUGGGUAGCAGAGAGGAGCAGGUUGCAGGAUUCAGUGGGGCCAUGGGCACAGGAAGAAGGACUGAAAUGUUGAGAGGCUGAGGCUGUCAGCCUGAGUCAUGUAUUGAGUUUGAACCUUAGGCCCUGAGCCAGCAAAGGGGUCUGCCCACAUGGACCCUUGACCCACAGGCUGCAAUCUGGGGCGUGGUCACUUAGGAGGAGAUUCUGCCCUGCCCUUCCAUGAGUGCACCGUGAUGGAGCUGGGCAGUCUCAUGACCUUUCUCCCUCGCUUGGGGUGCCUGAGUCCAAGCCCCUCAGAAUUGCUGUCCCUUCACUCAGAGAAGCACCCCUCCCCCAUGAAGCCUCGGUGUGCCUGGGAGAAAAGGUGCUCCUGGGAGGCAGAGCAGGUCUGCAGGACCCACUUCCUGUGCACUGUGUUUUCCGAAAGCCCUGCCCCCAAAGCCCAUACUUCCCGGCCCACUUCCACCCCUGACGUUAUCAUCCCUCGGUAUAGAAGUGCCUGGGCAGGGUCAGUCCCAGCCCUUGUGACUGAGUGCACCACAUAGCUGGGUUCAAGAGUGGGGAAGCAUUUCUGCACAGAGCAGAUGACAAUUUCACGGCCGAUGUUCCCACUCUCUGAGACCCCAAUCCUGCUGCAUGAGUCGCCCCAUGGAUUUCAGUAGGCCAAGCUGUGUAGCAAGAGGCGACAAGGCAUAAGGAAGUGUGGCAGCAUUGGUCCCUAAAGGACUGUUUUACCAAGACAAAUGAGAAGCAAGAAGAAGUUUGGGGUGACAGUCGUCUUAGCAGCCUUUGUAACUCCCAUUUGAUUCCCCUAAGCUCAACAUAGUAAAGAUACUUUGAUAUGUUCACAUUUAAAAACAAUGGAAAAUAGAAGCACAAGCCAGUGGCUUAUAAAUAACUGCUCAAACCCUCAGCUGGUGUGAAUUAGCAUCUCUCCAUUGACCCCAAGGGAGUGAUGUCAAUUCACUUCUGAUGAGAAGCUUUCCUUGUAUAUUAUGAAUGAAAUAUCUAAAAGAGGAACUGCAGAGAUACUACUUUGCAUUAGCAUUACUAGCUUUUUUUUUUUCCUUUUCCACUCUUUCCCUCUCCCUAAAUCACAGCCAGCAUGUCCCUUGGUAGCAUCUUCAGAUCCAGCGGAAGGGCAUGUCUGACAUUGGUGUACCUGGUUGGCCGUGGAAGUGGGGGGAGAUUUUGCACUCAUUUUGAACAAACUGUGGAAGGUUUUUCAUUAUCUUGUUGUGCAUUUUCACCUAGGAAUAUAUUGAUUUUUUUUUCUUGUAAACUCAUUUUUCACUUUAAAUGAGAGUGUUUUUUUCUUCUUUUAAUUUUUAUUCUUGGGGUGGGGGGAAGGGAAGGGAAUUAGAGCCUGAUUCUGGUUGUUCAGGAUUAUGAUUGCCUUUGUGUACAAUGAUUUCAUUUCAUUUGUUUGGGUUCAUUAAUUUUUUUUGUGUGUAUUGUCCACAGUCAUAGGCAGCAAGUACACUGAUUGUGAUGAUCCUUAUCAAUAGUGCACAGCCACACAGAAAAAUAAAGUUUCUAAUUGUUUCUGAUUUACACAAUAGAGUGGCUGCAUAUUCUCUAUGGGACAUCUCUC